UAUUGUUGUAAAAUGCUACUUAAUUCGACAAGUUAACGAAAACUCAAACAAAAUAGUUUAUCUACUUUUAAAAGUCCGAUAAUAGUUCCAUCAAGUUAAUAAGUUUCUCCUGUAGCAUCAGGAUUGAAUAGUUUGAAAAAUGUACAUAGCCACAAAGGAUCUUAGAUUGAUGUUACGAACCUUACACGAUUAAUAAAAUCAACAAAAAUUAAUGAGGUAAAAUGGUUUAGAUAGUAUAGUCAGUAAAUAACUAAUAGAUAUAAGCUUUAUUAGCAAAAGCUAGGGAAAUAGCAAAAGUAACGACAGAGUCUAAAUCAUAAGUAUAAAAACAGCAUGUUAAAUUACAGAGUUAACAGUUUGUAAAUUUUAAAGACUUACUUCAUAAUUCUACUUCAACAAAGAUCCAAUAAGAAAUGUUAUUUUGCAGAAAUAAAUAUAAUUUUGAGUUUGUGAUUGGAAUAGGUGGUUUUGGUAAAGUUUGGAAAGUUGAGCAUAAAAAGACAGGUUAAAUAUUUGCCAUGAAAGAAAUGUCAAAAGCAUUGUAUAAAUUGAAUGUUAAUAAGAAUUGUAACUAAAAAAAGUGUACAUUCAGUGAUGAAUGAACGAGCAUUAUUAAGUUAAUUAAAGCAUCCAUUGUUAGUUAAUAUGAACUUUGCUUAUUAAGAUAGAGAAAAUUUAUACUUAUUAAUGGACUAUAUGAAAGGUGGAGAUCUUAGAUAUCACAUAGGGAGAAUGAGAAGAUUUGAUGAAAACUCUACAAGUAUUGAUGUAAAGUUAAUUUGAAGAGUUUUUUAUAGCCUGUAUCAUUUAGGGAUUAGAAUAUAUACAUUCAAAUAAGAUAAUCCAUAGAGAUAUAAAACCUGAGAAUUUAGUUCUUGAUGAAAAAGGAUAUAUUCAUAUAACAGAUUUUGGUAUUGCUAGAAUAAUGAAAUCUGAAAAUAGUAGUGAUACUAGUGGAACUCCUGGAUAUAUGGGUAUAUUAUAUUAAUUAUAUUAUUAGCACCUGAAGUUAUGUGUAAAUAAAAUCAUACUUUUGCAGUUGAUUAUUUUGCUGUAGGAGUUAUUGCUUAUGAAUUUAUGAUUGGAAGAGUAAUCAUUUAAUUAUAAUUCAGAGACCAUAUGUUGGAAGAUCAAGAUAAGAAAUUAGAGAUUAAAUCUUAGCUAAAUAAGUUUAAAUUAAAAGAAAUGAAAUACCUGAUGAUUGGUCAUUAGAAGCAGUUGAUUUUAUUAAUAGAGUAGUUUUCUAAUUAUAUUUAUUAGUUAAUACAGAGAAAACCUUAAACUAGAUUAGGCUACAAUGGAAGUUCAGAAAUUAAAGAACAUCCAUGGUUUGCUCAAUUUCCUUGGGAUUAAUUGUAAAAUUAAACUUUAAUUCCUCCUUUCAUUCCUAAUGUAUUUUAUUUCUUUAAUUUUAAUAGUAAACUGAAGAUAAUUUUGAUUAAAAAUAAAUUAUAAUUGAAGAUGAAGAAAAUAAUGAAUUAAUUUAAUAAAACAUUUUAGUUUUAAGAGAUCAACUGAUUUAAGGUAAUCUUUUAUUUGAUAUCAAAAUAGAUUAAUUUUAAGGAUAUGAAUUUAAUUAAGGAUAUCAUUCUACUUCCACUGAAUAAUCUUCUGGUUCAUCAACUAAACAUAGCCGUCAUCUAAGUGAAAGAUUGUAGUUUUUUGAAAAAAAGAAAAUAAUAAUAUGAUCAAAUUUAGUUUCAAAUUUUUAC